AUUUUACAAUAAAUAAAUGAGAACAAGUUUUACUAAAUUGUGCAUGAAUUUGUUUAUUUCAGAUUGCCUUGGAUGUUUUCUGGCUGAAGAUGUGUUCGCAAAAGAGCCCUUGCCUCCGUUUCCUGCAUCGAUCAAAGAUGGUUAUGCCGUUAUUGCUGCUGAUGGGGGAGGGACUAGAUUCGUUGCUGGUGGGUCAUCCGCAGGGGAUGAGCCUGGUGGGAAAGUGGUACCGGGUCAUUGUGUUCGUAUAAAUACAGGUGCUCCUGUACCAGAAGGUGCAGAUGCCGUUGUACAAGUUGAGGACACUCUUCUCGUACGGUCUGCUGAGGAAGGAACUAAAGAAUUAGAAAUCAAGAUUAUGAAAGCACCGACAGUUGGACAAGAUAUAAGGAAAAUUGGUUCUGACAUUGGAAUGGGAGAAAAAGUUCUAAGUCAAGGGCAGAAGCUGGGUCCUUCUGAAUUAGGAAUAUUGGCUACUGUUGGGGUCACUAAGGUGAAAAGCUUCAAACCGCCAGUUAUCGGUGUCAUGUCAACAGGAAAUGAGUUACUUGAACCUGGAGAGACAUUGAUACCGGGUAAAAUCCGUGACAGUAAUAGAACAACACUACUAGCACAAUUAAGAGACUAUGGCUUUAGCUGUCUAGAUCUAGGAAUUGCUAAAGAUACUCCUGAUGCACUUUUAAACUUACUUAGAAAAGCGCUAGAUAAAGCUGAUGUGAUUGUUACAAGUGGGGGUGUGUCUAUGGGAGAAAAAGAUCUUCUCAGACAUGUUUUGGAGAAAGACCUUCGAGCUAAAAUACAUUUUGGGCGUGUUUUCAUGAAACCUGGGAAACCUACAACCUUUGCUACAAUGGAAUACAAUGGUAAAAGAAAGCUUUUCUUUGGUCUUCCUGGCAACCCUGUGUCUGCCAUUGUGACGUGUAACCUUUAUGUCAUUCCAGCUGUAAACAAAAUGGCGGGAAAUCCAAAUCCAAGCCGUACUGUGAUUAAGGCAAAGGUGGAUUCAGACAUACGGCUUGACCCAAGGCCUGUAAUAAAACAUGUAAUCUGA